GUGCAAUGCAUGUUUCCCUUGUUUUGUGUUUUGUGUGAUUAAACCUUUCUUUGGUAUCAAAUUUUAUUUGCUUCUAAAGCUUUGUUCCCAUUUUGCCAAUCUCUGCAACCUGUCAAAGUCCACAGAUUCAAUCUGGGUACCUUGGAAAAAGUUGAAAGAAGGCUUUUUUCACCAUCUGGGUAUUCACAAAUCUGUGUUUCCUAUCAGGGUUUUGUGUAAAAAUUGAAUCUUGAAGGUUUUUCUCGUCUGGGUUUUGAGAAAAGUUUGAGGUUCUUUGAGAAAAGUUUCAAUCUUGAGGCUUUUCUCAUCUGGGUUUAGGAGUAUUUGGCUUCUGUGUUAUGCGGUGUUGGAGUUGGAGGUGAGGGGUGUCCAGAUCAAAAAAAUGGCGAAUCUUGUCCCUGGUGUGCUGCUCAAGCUUUUACAGCACAUGAACACAGAUGUGAAAGUGGCCGGUGAGCACAGGUCGUCUCUGUUACAAGUUGUGAGCAUUGUUCCAGCUCUGGCAGGGGGCGAGCUUUUCCCAAACCAAGGCUUCUAUCUCAAGGUAUCAGAUUCCUCUCAUGCAACUUAUGUGUCUUUGCCUGAUGAACACGAUGAUUUAAUUCUCAGUGAUAAGAUUCAAUUGGGUCAGUUCAUUCAUGUGGACCGGCUUCAAGCCGCUACACCGGUCCCCAUUCUUCAUGGGGUUAGGCCUGUUCCGGGGAGACACCCUUGUGUAGGGAGCCCUGAGGACAUUGUUGCAACACAUUCUCUUGGGUUUCUUAACAAUAAUGCGAAUUCAGGUUCAAAGAAUGGUGAAAGAGUGAAAUCUGAGUCUAAAGUAUUAGGAAGUGGUCAUGGUGGAGCAAGAUCAAAUGGUAGCAGUGCCAAGGAGGAGAAAUUAGAUAAGAAACCCGGGUCUUUUGAUAGAUCAAAGUCUCAGCCAUCUAAACCAUCAUUGAGUAUUGAGGUGAAGAAGGAAUCUCUGGCCAGAUUGAGGUCCUUGAAUUCAAGGUCUAUUCCAUCAUCUCCAACAAGUUGUUAUUCAUUGCCACCGUCUUUUGAGAAAUUUUCAAAUAGUGUCAAGACUCAGGGAAAAGUAAAGGCAACAGCUAAGGUGGGAGGUGUAGAAAAGACUAGUUCUGUUCGUGGGCCAAGUCCCAAUGGGAGGAAAUCAUUAUCCGGAAACCCAAUCAAGAAUUUGGUUCAGGGAUUUGAUAUGGGGGCCAAGGCUCUAAGGAAGAGCUGGGAAGGAAAUAUGGAAGUGAAGGGUAGAGAGAGUUCAAAAUCGAGGGAUACUAGACGUGAUUCGAAGUUAGAAGUUCGCCCAUCUGCUCCUAGGAAAAGUAUCUCAAAUGAGAGAUUGCCGUCUAAAGAGGAAAUGCAGAUAUCUGCAAAAUCAUUGAAGGAGGAGAAUAAGGUUCAACAGUCUACAAAGAAAGUUACAGCAAACGGAACCAUGGGUGAUCAAGACAAGUCAAUUAAAUCAAGAAUAUCCGUUGGAAAGAGAUCAUCGGAUGCAUCUAACAAUGGAUUUCCGGGAAACUUGGUCAAGGUUCCUUUAAGUAACAGAAAAUUGACAGAUGGAGGUUUUCCAUGGGCUUCGCUUCCAUCAUCAGUUGCAAAGCUUGCAAAGGAAGUUUUGAGGCACAGGGAGUCAGCACAAAUGGCAGCAAUAGAGGCAAUCCAGGAAGCUUCUACUGCAGAGAGCUUACUUCGGUGUUUGAGCAUAUAUUCUGAGCUAAUUACCUCUGCCAAGGAAGAUAAUCCACAGCCUGCAGUGGAGCAGUUUUUAGCCCUCCAUGCUAACUUGAAUAAUGCUCGUCUAGUAGCUGAUUCUCUAUCCAAAAUUACACCAGCUGGUUCAUCCCCAGAUCGUGAAGAAACCCCGUCAGAAGAAGUGCUAAAGGUUACUUCUGAGAGGCGGAAACAGGCAGCAACUUGGGUACAAGCUGCAUUAGCAACUAAUUUGUCUUCCUUCGCUGUAUAUAGUAAAGAGUCCAGUUCAACCUCAGUUCCAGCUUCGGCUUCCUCUCAAAACCAAAAGAACGUCUCUGCAAUUCAACCCAUCUUAGUUCUAGACAACUCUACCAAGAACGGGACGACAAAAUCCCAGGGAAAAGUUCGCCAGACAGUUGGCUCCAAGGUUGUUGCCUCACCAGGGACUCCUCGACGACUAGGGGAUGGAUCAGCCAUGGGUCAAAAACCACAGGCACAACCUCUGCCUGAAUGGAUUAAAGGAAAUGGUCUAUAUGAGACUGUCGACUUGGCUGAAAUGUUGCGACUGCACUCACAAGAUUGGUUCUUGAAAUUUGUGGAGAGGUUCCUGGAUGCAGAUGUGGACACUUCAGCUCUGUCAGAUAAUGGUCAAAUAUCAGGAAUGUUAACUCAGCUCAAGAGUGUGAACGAUUGGUUGGAUAGUAUUGGUUCUAAUACAGAUGCAGAAGAAGCAACUGCAGUUUCCGAAGAGACCAUUGAUAGGCUAAGGAAGAAGAUCUACGAGUAUCUUCUUACACAUGUUGAAUCUGCUGCUGCGGCACUUGGUGGUGGAGCACAGGCAUCACCGCGACUUCCACCUACAGAUACAAAUGUUAGAAAAUGAAUAAAUUAUAUACUGCACUGUAAUUUGGUACUGCUGAGUUUUAGUGUCCUGCAUUUGCCUUGAUGCAGUACCUAUCCUCGAAGCUGAGCCCUUAAACCACCAAGUGGUCCUAGGAGCUCGGCUCGAAUGUGUACAUAGUUCACA